UCCGACCACGCGCCAACUUUUAUCCCGUGUAUGCGCAGACGCGUGACCGACUCCAGGAAAGACGUCCACCUCGGUGUCUUCAAGUCUGAAAUAGAGCGGAGACAAGACGCGUCUCGACCCACCAGCUUUGGGUGGACGUCUCCCUCUCGCAGCCUGGAGCUUGUUUUGGGGGGUUUGUUUGGUGAGCAGAGAACGAACCGGCAGGUAUGAGCCACACCGUUUAUUUUUAUUUUUAAUUUCAAGUAGCACGCUUGGUUAGUGCGCGGAUCAAGCACCGGUAUGUUCGGAGCAUGAACCCCCGGUGACGACGCACUGAAGCCGGCGGAGGAGUCGCAGCAGCAGCCCCGGCUGUUGCCUUUCCAGCCCGGACUUUCUCACAGAAACAAAGUUCCUCAGUAAAUUAAAAGUUCUGAGAAGAGGCGCACGAGUCUUGAACCACUGGCGAGUUGGAACCAUCUCUGAAGAUCGAAGGUUCUUCUGACUCUUGACAUCGACAUGGAGCUGGCACGCAGGAGCUUGGUCCUGCUGUGGUGUGUCCUCCUGGAGUGGACCUUCCAGGCUUCCGCAGAAGAAGAGGUUCUGAUGAACACCAAAACAGAGACUUCGGAUUUGAAGUGGACCAUCUUCUCCCUUGCCAAACCCGAGUGGGAGGAAGUCAGCGGCCUGGACGAGGAGAACAACAGCGUGAGGAUCUAUCAGAUUUGCCAGACCGACAGCUCGACCAGCCACUGGCUUCGGAGCGGCUUCAUCCCGCGACACCGAGCGUCCCACGUUUACGUGGAGCUGCGAUUCACCAUGAUGGAGUGUUCCUCCACCAGCAGUAAUCACCGGACCUGCAAGGAGACCUUCAACCUGUUCUACUACCAAGCCGACUCUGAUGAGGCCACGGCUUCUUAUCCACCGUGGAUGGAGAACCCUUACGUCAAGGUGGACACAGUGGCUGCGGACUUCCUGCUGAAGGAGGGUGGGGAGCGGAAAUUCAAUGUGAAGACCUUAAGACUGGGCCCUCUCUCCAAAAGAGGCUUCUACUUGGCCUUCCAGGCUCAGGGGGCCUCCAUGGCCCUGCUCUCUGUCAGGGUGUUCUUUAAGAAGUGCCCUCCUCUUGUCAGCCAGCUCUCUUCUUUCCCUGAGACCGUCCCUCACACUCUGGUGCAGGAGGCGCAGGGGGUGUGUGUGCAGCACGCCGCCCAGCAGGGACCCCGGCCCCGGCCGCCCAAGCUGUUCUGCGGGGAGGACGGCCAGUGGGUGGGCCAGCCGACCACCUCCUGCGCCUGUCUACCCGGGUUCGAGCCCGCGGAGGGACAAACCAAAUGCAUAGCUUGUCCUGUGAGUCAGUUCAAGUCGAGCACGGACGGUCAGUGCACAAGCUGUCCCCGCUUCAGUCUCGCCACCGCCAGAGGAGCGGCGGUGUGUGCCUGCCAGCCGGGAUUCUUCCGCGCCGAAUCCGACUCUCCAGACUCGCCAUGUACUAGGCCCCCGUCGUCCCCUCGCGGCAUCAUCACCGACAUCAACGACACCACGCUCAGCCUGGAGUGGAACGAGCCGCUCGACAACGGCGGCAGAAGUGACCUGAGCUACACGGUCAAGUGUUUGGUGUGUAGGACGCCGAAAGGUUCCUGUCUGCCCUGCGGCGACAGCGUCAGCUACAGACCCACGCGGCACAACCUGCUGGGCCGGCGGGUGGAGGUGUGGGGUCUGCUCUCGCACACCACGUACACCUUCACCAUCCAGGCUCUCAACGGAGUGUCUCAUCUGAGCGGCAGGGAACCCGCCAGCGAGAGCGUCAACAUCACCACCAGCCAUGACGUGCCGUCGCUGGUGUCGGUGAUUCGGAAGAGUGACUCCACAGAGAGCAGCCUGACUCUGCACUGGUCCAUCCCUGUAGAGCAGCAUUACACCAUCCAGAUGUAUCAGCUGCGCUACUGCGAGACGGACCGGCGCAGUGAAGAUCAGUGCCAUUACACGGAGAGCAACAGGAACCAAGCGGUGCUGACGGACCUCCGAAGGGCCACCCAGUAUGAAGUGCAGGUCCGGGCCAAGACCACCGCCGGUUAUGGAACCUUCAGUCCUGCUGCAGUGUUCCGCACACUGCCUGAUGAACACGAUGCGUCGUCCCAGUUCCUGGUGCCAGGAAUCCUCAUCGCCAUCGGGAUGCUGCUUUUGGUCAUUUUUGUUUUCCUGGCUGCCUACUGCAUACGCAGACACAGCCGUAUCAAAGACCCAGAAAUGAGCGAUAAGAACAGCCAGUACCUCAUCGGCCAAGGGGUCAAGGUUUACAUCGACCCCUUCACCUACGAGGACCCUAAUGAGGCGGUGCGUGAAUUUGCCAAGGAAAUCGACGUUUCCUUUGUAAAGAUUGAAGAGGUUAUCGGCGCUGGAGAGUUUGGGGAGGUGUGCCGAGGACGGCUCCGGGUGCCGGGGAAGAAAGAGAACUACGUCGCCAUCAAGACGCUGAAAGGCGGCUACACUGAGAAGCAGAGGCGGGAUUUCCUCUCGGAAGCCUCCAUCAUGGGUCAGUUCCAGCACCCCAACAUCAUCCAUCUGGAGGGGAUCAUCACAGCCAGCUGCCCGGUGAUGAUCCUCACCGAGUUCAUGGAGAACGGAGCGCUGGACUCAUUUCUCCGGCUGAACGACAGCCAGUUCACGCCCAUCCAGCUGGUGGGGAUGCUGCGAGGUAUCGCCUCCGGCAUGAAGUAUCUGGCGGAGAUGAGCUACGUCCACCGAGACCUGGCCGCCCGCAACAUCCUGAUUAACAGCAACCUGGUGUGUAAGGUGUCCGACUUUGGCCUUUCCCGCUUCCUGCAGGAGAACUCGUCGGACCCGACCUACACCAGCUCCCUGGGUGGGAAGAUCCCGAUCCGCUGGACGGCACCUGAGGCGAUAGCCUUCAGGAAGUUCACAUCCGCGUCCGACGUGUGGAGCUACGGCAUCGUGAUGUGGGAAGUCAUGUCCUUUGGGGAGAGGCCGUACUGGGACAUGAGCAACCAGGACGUGAUCAAUGCCAUCGAGCAGGACUACCGGCUGCCCCCGCCCCCCGACUGCCCCACUCAUCUGCACCAGCUCAUGCUGGACUGCUGGCAGAAGGAUCGCUCUGCGCGGCCGCGCUUCUCCGACCUGGUCAGCGCGCUGGACAAGCUGAUCCGAAACCCUGCGUCUCUGAAGAUCGUGGCUCAGGAGGGAGCGGGCCUGUCUUACCCCCUGCUGGACCAGCGAGCACCGGCCACCGUCUCCUCCUUCACGUCGGUGGGCGAGUGGCUGAGGGCGGUCAAGAUGGAGCGCUACGAGGACAGCUUCUUGCAGGCUGGCUUCACUUCUGUCAACCAGCUGCCGCAGAUCACCACACAAGAUCUUCUCCACAUGGGUGUAACGUUGGCCGGACACCAGCGGAAAAUCCUGUCCAGCAUCCAGGCGAUGACAUUCGGCAACAACGGCACCACAACUGUGAGCUUCUAGGAUCUCCUCCUGGCAGAGUUCAUUCAUCACCGCUGAACUGGUGGAAGACUUCUCCAAGAAACUUGAGCCAGGAAGUCGGACUCUCUCCCCCAGUUGCUGUUGUCUGAGAGAGUCUGAGAAAAAAAAAAAAGGAGUGGGAUCUGUUUCCCGUGGUUUUUGUCAUCACUUUCACAGAAGGAGACGAAACGAACUGCUCGUGCCAAUGCGAGGAUUUUAGCUUUUAAAGUCUCAGCACGGAGGACUUCUUCCAGCCAGAUCGCAUCCCUGCAUCAGACUGAUUUUAUCAUUCUGUGAUUCCAACACGACUUCCUCUUAUCUCAGGUGCGGCGUGUCACGCUGCAGACUUUCCACAGCCGUAGUGGGACCGCUCUCCUCUUCUUCAGACACAUCAGCACUUUCGCCGCCUCAGUGGAUCUCAGGCCCCCGCCUCUCUGAUGUUCAGUUUAGAUCUGAUUCCUGUCAACAUCUGUUUAUAUAGCUUUGUUGUCAUGAUCUUUCCCAAAAUGUUCUCAAUGACCACGCCCUGUGAAGUCUGGCACGUCCGAUCUAGACCACUGUCAUAUGUGCUUCUUUGAGAUUCUACUCUCAUUCAUGCAAAAAACACACCUGGGCUGAGCAAGUGUAGAGGGGGCCUGAGGGGGGUUUUCACCCUGUGCACUCUGUCUCGAUACAAAGUGUGUUCGGCUCAAAAGUCUGAGACGUGAAACCAACUGUCGGGUUUUGGCCGCAGACUUGAUCCCGGCUGGAGAGCUGCACCUUGUCUCAGGAAACUCUCCGCGGGGGGUGAGCUUGGUACUAGCUGCCAGAAACUACAUGUACAACGCGACUCCGUAAAGGGUCAGAUCGCUGUCUGGGCGGACAACAUUGUUCAAAAACCACUUCGCAAACACUGAGGCGUGCAGGCAGGAGCUGCAGGAGACUGGUCCUGGGGAGGAGCGAAGCGCAGCUGUCUGGGACUCGCAAUGUGUGUAGGUGUUUGAUAACUCGUGUGUUUUCGCCUUUAUUAGACUGAUAAACAUCCGAUUUUAUCGUCCGACAGAUUUACUUAAAUGAAUAAUGCUGCGCUCUAGAGUUUUCACUGCUGCGAUCUCGCAGCUGCGCAGCUGUGGCGAUGAGGAAAGGAGCUUCCCAAGUUACUGAAACUCACCAGACUAUUGAUCAUUUUUGACAUCUGGGUCUGUACUUCACUAAAGUACCACUAAAAAUCGUCUUGUUCGUCAGCAAUCUGACGUGUUGUGUGAUCAACAUGGAUAAAUCAAGACGCUCCGUAUUACGCAGCUUGUCUCUGCUGUUUUCUUGUAAAAUAAACAUGACAAGACUCUGUCGUGUUUAGUUGUUUUGGCUGUGAAACGCCACAUUCUGUUACAGAAGUGACAGCGGGCCGCCAGCUGAGGAGAACAGCUUUAGGCGAGUCGGACCCGAGACAGAAUCCGCAGUGUGAAAAGCCCCUUAGUGUUGAGUGUGUGAUUCUGGGUGGGGGUGAUUAUCUCCAGUCCUGCAAGCAGCAUCGCUGUUGUGGAACUCUCACAGAUGGAAGAGCAAGUGGACCAGAGACCAGAGAACACUGUUGAAUCGGUUCUGCUUUCGGAAUCCCAACUCUAUCUGUUAAAAGCUUCUGUCUGUGGUUUGCCAUCUUGGUGCAGUGACUUCCCAUCAUCAUCAUCUCUCUGGACUCAGACAGCAGUUUUUCCAAAACCUUUUGGUUGUGGCUUAAAAUGUUUCUUCGGCUAGGUGUAGUUCAGAAGUUAGCGCCGAGUCUUUGUCACACUCGGCAUUGAGAAUGUCAAACAAUGGCCGCCCUCGCGGUCAGCAGUGUCCAAUAGAUCCUGAGUGGAAUGUUUGACCAACACAACACACAAAUACAUUUCAAAGUGUUGCUCCAAGACUUUUCAGUGACAUUUAGGAUGUGCCUAAAUCCCCCCAGGAGGCCCCCAGAGCUGCAGUGCGGCAGGAAAAUGGAUCCCUAAAACGUACUUACACAACGACUUUGAAUACAAAAUGCACAUUAGUGCGUCUUAAUGCUUUUCCUUUGUGCCACCGUGCACUUACGCCCUCUCUGUUUUAUACAUAAAUAUAUUUUACUAGCAGCUUUUUUUUUUUUUGACUGAAGAGGCGAGAAUAUUGAACGGUCACUGUCCAUUAUGUCGUCCGUCGAUUGUCUGUUGUUGAAGUUGAAGAAAACAUGACUCGAAAUGACUCCUUCUAACUUGUCAUAAUUAAAAGUACCAGGUUUUUAUAUAAAACAUGCCUUUUGUAACCGUCUUGCUUCCAUUUUUUUUUUUUUUCUGCCGUACUGUUUGUGUAUUGAACAUUUGGAAACACUGCCUCUAAUUUGGCUCCUUACCGCCUGCACUUCUCUAAUUCCUGGCUGCCAUUGAUUAUCUGUCUCAGGUAAACAAAACUGCUGGAGCUUUAACUGUCAAUGUUCACUCCGAGCCGCUCUUUUUAAAGAAAUCUCUUGUUGUGCUUGAAUAAUUCACCAAUCUAGAAGUGCACCACCAACAACCGAGUGGGAUCUGCGGCUGCAUUAUGCAGCAUUUUUAACUGUGACUAGAGUUGAAAUUCACUUUACAGCUGGGAGUUUGCCACAAAUGCAUUCACUUAAACAAUACCACAAAUCAACUUCGUGUCCCAAAUAUUUUCUCUGGAAAAUGAAGAGGUUUCCACUUCAAGUCAGCAUCCUUCACCGCCACCUUGAUCAUCCGCACUGGUCCAUAACUUCUCAACAUCUCAUUUCUGAUCUUGUCCUUUCCAGUCCAUUCUAGUGAGCAUCUCAGUGUCUUCAUCUCUGUCUUCCUCUUCCUCUUCCUGUCAUCUCAACACCAUACAUCAUGGCAGCUCUCGCUACUAAGCCAAGUCACUCUGCCACUCUUCUGUCACAAAUAACCCCAGUCAGCUGUCUCCACCUGUUCCACCUCACCUGCACUCUCUUCUUCGCCUCCCCGAAUCUAAGGACUGUUACUUGAAGUAUUGUCUAUGUAAACAACAACAAAAAAUAAAUUGAAUAAAAAUGGCUAAAAACAUCUGAAACAAAUUACAGCUACACUUCAUGUAUUAUGCAUCAUGCAUAAUAUAUAUAUUACAUUCAUAAGAUAUUAUAGUGCACUUAUAAGGCUUUAUUGAAGAUGUUUAUAUUCAUGAAGGUUUCUUAAGUAUUAAAAGGGAUAAAGUUUAAGAGACAACUUAAGGGUUCUUGAUUCUUUAUUAUGAUGUCUUAUGAAUGCACUAAUAAUGUGUUAUGGAUGAAAGUUUAAAAUGGUCAGCUGAGUGUUAAAUAAGACAGCAGAUAAUUCUAACCACAGUUCUAGUACAAAACAAUGGCUU